GGCUUCAGAGGAGGAGUGCAGUUUGUAGCUCAUAAGAGUUUGAGCCGAAGUACAGUUGCUGUUACAACAGAGGUUCUCCGGUUUCCUUGCUGUCAAUUUUAGCAUUACUGUAAACAGCUGAACUGUCUGCUAGUGGCUGGGAAGUGAGACACUCUAUAUACAAUGGCCCAGCAGUUCGUGAACAGCAAGCUUGCACCUGAUAAAGUGGUUAUAUUUGGGAAGUCGAGCUGUCCUUUCUGUCACAGGGCUUUAGACCUUUUGGAAGAACUUAACCUUAAAUCUGGGCACUUGGAAUACAUUGAUCUCUCAAAACGAAGUGAUAUGGCUGAUAUUCAGGACUAUCUCCUGGAGAUUACAGGCGCUAGAACAGUACCUCGUAUCUUUAUUGGAUACACCUGUAUUGGUGGUUUUACAGACCUAGAUGCUCUGAAAAGGAGUGGAGAACUUGAAUCCCUGUUAAAGAAAAUUGGGGCCUUAUGAAGAGCAGAGACGCCUGUAGUCUGGGACUAUCUUAUGCCGCAACAGAAGAUUUUGGAAAUGCAACAACAGUUGCCCACCUCCUGUUUUAUUCAUUGUCUACGUUGCUUAAUGCACAUUUCCAAAUAGAGUGGUGGCGGUGGUGGGUGCUAGCUUUCUAAAGAUAUGAUUGUAAAACUUUUAUGCAUGUCAAUAUCCCUGCUAGUAAACAGAAGUGACCUAGUAGAAUAAAAUGCUUAUACUAACAGGAAGUUUAAUUAUCUUGUUCAUCACACCAAAUUGUUUUGGUUUACUUUGGUACCAUUCCUUCACUUAUGUGCAUGUCCAGCUAUGAUUUUACUCUGUUCAAUACAUACAGAUUAGGCCUCUGCUCUCGGCUUUCUUACUUGCUCUUCUAAACUAGCUCUUCUCCUCCUCUAAUUUCUCUUUAACAUUUAUUACAAAUGUGGGCUGCCCCUUCCUAAGGCUCUGAGAGAGCAAGAGAACUCUGUUAGCUUAACCAUCUACCAUUCUGGGCAAUCUUCACAAAGACAUGUUCCAGGGGCUAUAACUCAAGAUAGCUUCCUCUGUCUGAAUGACACACACCACACCUGCAACUGUGGGCUACAGCUCUGAUGACACUUAGGACUCUUGCCUUCUGACAUGGAGUAGCACAUGUGAAAAGAACUUUGGGAUUAUUUUUGAUAAGUUUAAUACAGCCUAGCAGUGUGAUGCUGUGGUAAGAAAGGCAAGUAAUAUUUUACCCUGCAUUAACACAACCAAUGUUUCAAAGAUAAGGGAAGUAAUAGUCCCCCUAUAUUUAGUGCUAGUCUGGCCACACCUGGAGUACUAUACUUAAUGCCUCAUUUUAAGAAGGCUGUAGACAAUUUGGAGUGGGUUCAGAUGCGGUAUGGAGAAUAAAACAUACAAGGAAAGUUUGAGGGAGUUGGGCAUGUUCAUCUUCAUGAAGAGAAGACGGUGUGUGUGACAUGAUUGCACUUUUUAAAUAUCUGAAGUGCUACCGCAGAGGAGAGUGCAAGCUUGUUCUCUGCUGGCCCAAAGGGCCUAAUAGUUUUAAGUGAGAGGAGAGUAGAUUUUGAUUGAUUAUUAGAAUGAACUUCUUGAUUCUAUGAAUUUGCAAAUGGAAUCAAUUACCUAAAGGGUAUCUUCAAAGAUUGCUACCUGAUAAAGAUUGUCUAGCUGGAGUUCCUGCUCUGAACAGAGCGGUUGACUUGGUGGACUAUAGAGCCCCUUUGAAAUUAUAAUUAUAUGUUUCUUGAACCUUCUGUGAGCAUGACGUUUAUGUGACAUCAUUCAGCAUCAUCUGGCCUAAUUCCAUCCUUUCUUUUCUUAUCCUAGUAAUUCUUUAGUGUUGUUCCACAGGGCCAAUUUUUUGUUCAUCAUCUGGCCAGUAAACUUAAUUUUAGACAUGAUGUAGUACUAAUGUUUCAUCACUUAACAGCCAUUCUCCUGAUUUUUGCUGUUUAAAGUGAACCUUUUUACAAGGGAGAAGCUACCUAAUGCAGUGAUACUCAAAUUUUUUACCCUUGGGACCCGCAUUUACAUCUCCAUGCAGAUGUCCCACCCUACACUCAAUAUAGUAAAUGAAUAAAAAUAUUUUAUUUCAUGUGCAUAUUUUUAUUUGUAGAUUCAU